AGAUGAUGAUGUUUCAAGAAGAUCUUUUGUGAUGGAAACUAGAAGAAUAGAAAGAUCUUCACAAUGUGUAACAGUACAGAAUUGAUAAAGCAAAGUCAUGGUAGAGAUUUUCCUAAGAUCAUCAUCACCUCAACUGCUUCACUCUACUUCAUGUCCUCCCAUUCAUAGGAGAGUGUCGGGAAGAAAAACAUCAGUGAAGUGUUCACUGAAUCUACCAAGCAAGAUUCUGAGUAACCAUGUCUUGUCUGGCCUUGCUGCUUCUUUGAUAUUUAUCUCUCCAGUAAAUCAGUGUGUAGCAGCAGAUCUAUCUUCUCAUCAACAAAAUCUAUGCCAGAUUGCCAGUGUGGAUGAUAAUGCAGUUAGCUCACCAUUUGAGAAAGAUUCCGGUGAAAAUCUAAUGAUGAUGAGAGGUAUGUCAGCCAAUAAUUUUGACCCUGUCAGAUAUUCAGGAAGAUGGUUCGAAGUUGCUUCGCUCAAACGCGGUUUCGCCGGACAAGGCCAAGAAGACUGUCAUUGCACUCAGGGUGUGUAUACAUUUGAUCGAGAAGCACCGGCGAUCCAAGUUGAUACCUUCUGUGUUCAUGGGAGUCCUAAUGGAUAUAUAACCGGCAUUAGAGGAAGGGUUCAAUGUCUUUCACUAGAAGAUUUGAAGAAAAAUGAAUCACAGCUUGAAAUGCAAGAGAUGAUCAGAGAAAAAUGUUAUCUCCGAUUUCCCACGUUGCCGUUCAUUCCUAAGUUGCCUUAUGAUGUGAUUGCUACUGAUUAUGACAAUUUCGCUCUCGUAUCUGGAGCUAAGGACACAGGUUUUGUUCAGAUAUACUCAAGAACACCUAAUCCAGGAACUGAAUUUAUAGAGAAAUACAAAGCUGAACUAGCAAAUUAUGGAUAUGAUCCAAGCAAAAUUAAAGAUACACCUCAAGAUUGCGAAGCAAUGUCCAAUAAUCAACUGACGGCGAUGAUGUCGAUGCCAGGGAUGCAACAAGCACUAACAAACCAGUUUCCUGAUCUUGAACUGAAGGGCAAUAUUGCAUUUGAUCCACUCACAAGUGUUUUUGACACUUUGAAGAAGCUUGUUGAACUCUAUUUUAAGUAGUUGCUCUCAAUUAAGUUUCAUCAUGUUGUGUGUUAGUAGUGAUUGCAAAAUCAUUACUACCAACUGAUGCAAAAGAAACAUUGAAUAUCUUGACAUUAUUAUACUAUUAAUCAAAUUAUUUGUACUCA